UUUUCCCUUAGUGAUAGUUAGUGUCUCAGCACUCUGAUAUCCCCUCUCUGGCACGAUCUGGAACCUCUCUGCAAGCCUUGGCUGCCCGUUCCCACCACCGUUUCUUCCUUUCUCUCUUCAGAAGCGGCGCGGCGCGGUUCCCCGCGGUUGGGAGCAGCAGCCAGCAGGCUGCCAGAGAUCCGACCGCGCCUUCCAGCGCACAGAGGGACGCAACAGGGACGGACGGUCCUUCAUGCCAUACAGAAGGACGGAGCCUGCGCGUCCAUGGAGUGGUGCUGGGCAAGGCUGGAAACGCAAAGCCUCCGCAGAAGCUGAUGCGAGCGGCCUUCCAGCAAAGCGCAGCCUUGCAGAAAGGCAAGGCAGAAGCGCCCAGUGUGGCACAGCACCAAAGAGAGAGAUUGGUGCUGAGCCAAAUGACAAAAUCUAUGUCAAAGUGGUCCAGCAGGUCCAUACUGAGAGAGCAUGUCAAAGAGCAGCAGCUCAGGCUCCACACCAGGCUGGAGGUCCUCUUAGAAGAGCAGGUCCCAGCACAGGGGGAAGACCUUCCCCUGCCGUGUGCCCCCGCUCUGUCUCCAACACCCUGGCUGGAUGUAAACGCAAGGCCUUGGAGGAAGGGAAACCAACAGCAGCUCAGCAGCCUUCCAAUAAGAGAGUGAGGGGGCCGAGUGGAGACGGCGUGCCGGCUCCAGCAGCACACCCUGGGCCUGCUGCUGCUCGGAGCUCCAAGCAAAGAGGUGAGAAGGUGCUGUGGUACCCGCCGUGCUGA